GUGCGCCUUCCUGUGCUCAGUACAUGCGCAGUGCCCGGCCUCUGGCAAGUUGUGUUUGAGUAAAGCUGGAGCAGAGUGUGGUCAGAGUGGAACGAGCUCACUGACCGCCUGAGUCACACUUGUGGAUUUUCACUUCAGCUAGCGGGCUUGGACCAGGAGGGACAGAUAUCCGUCACUGCUAGGAUUCGGAGGCCGCGAAUUAAUUGAUUUCGACGUACUUUUCCUCUUCUCUGGCUGUGCCGAGACCGAAGGGGGAUCUUGAAGGAGUUUGGGUGACUUUUCAGGUUAGCAGAUGGCAGAUUGUGUGAGUAAGGUGGAACUAAGCAUAUCCUGUGAAAAUCUACUGGAUAAAGAUGUUUUCUCUAAAUCUGAUCCACUGUGUGCACUUAUGAUAAAUACUGGCGGAAACCAAUGGGUUGAGAUUGGCCGCACAGAAAUGGUUAAGAACUGCCUUAGCCCAAAAUUUUCAAAGAAAUUUCUGAUAGAUUACUAUUUCGAACAAGUACAGAAAUUGAAAUUUGGAGUUUAUGAUAUUGAUAAUGAAACUUUUGAUCUGGGCGAUGAUGAUUUCCUUGGAGAAUUUGAAUGUACUCUAGGCCAGAUUGUCUCCAGCAAGAAAUUGACCAGGCCGCUUGUGUUGCACAAUGGGAAACCAGCCGGAAAAGGGACAAUCACGAUAUUUGCAGAAGAAGUAAAAGAUAAUCGAGUGGUUAACUUUGAAGUUCAAGCACGCAAGUUGGAUAAAAAGGACUUUUGGGGAAAAUCAGACCCUUAUUUGGAAUUCUGCAAACAAACUGAAGAUGGAAAAUGGCAAAUGGUGCAUCGGACAGAGGUUAUAAAAAAGAAUUUGAACCCCACUUGGAGGCCAUAUAAAAUACCUUUGCAGUCACUUUGCAACAGUGACUUACAGAAACCAAUCAAGGUAACCUGCUAUGAUUAUGACAAUGAUGGAUCACAUGAUCUAAUUGGAACAUUUGAAACCAAUAUGGAGGUGUUGCAAACAGCAUCGCAAAGUUCACCAGCAGAGUUUGAGUGUAUUAAUCCAAAGAAGAAGCAGAAAAAGAGAAGAUACAAAAACUCAGGGAUAGUGAGUUUCAAGUUAUGCCAGAUUGUGAAAGAAUACUCUUUCUUGGAUUACAUUAUGGGUGGCUGUCAGAUGAACUUCAUUGUUGGCAUUGAUUUCACAGGCUCAAAUGGAGACCCUCGAAAACCUGACUCUCUACAUUAUAUUAGUCCUAAUGGAUUUAAUGAAUACCUGAUGGCAAUCUGGUCUGUUGGAAUGAUCAUUCAAGACUACGAUACAGACAAAUUGUUUCCAGCAUUUGGAUUUGGUGCACAGAUACCCCCAAACUGGCAGGUAUCACAUGAAUUUCCACUUAAUUUCAACCCUACCAAUCCAUUCUGUGCAGGAGUGCAGGGAAUAGUGGAUGCCUACCGAAACUGUCUGCCUCAAGUCAAGCUCCAUGGACCUACAAAUUUCUCACCAAUAAUAAAUCAUGUGGCAAGGUUUGCUGCCGCAGCAGCACAGCAGGCAAUAGCUUCCCAAUAUUUCAUCCUCCUGAUCAUCACAGAUGGAGUAAUUACAGAUUUGGAUGACACAAGACAAGCCAUUGUUAAUGCUGCCAAGUUGCCAAUGUCCAUCAUCAUUGUCGGUGUUGGUGGAGCAGAUUUCAGUGCCAUGGAAUUUCUGGAUGGUGAUGAAUGUGUUCUUAAAUCACCCACUGGGGAAAUAGCUAUCCGAGAUAUAGUCCAGUUUGUGCCUUUUAGAAAGUUUCAUAACGCAACAAAAGAAGCUCUUGCACAAAGUGUCCUCGCUGAAUUGCCUCAACAAGUGGUGUGUUACUUCAACACACGCAAACUUCGUCCCCCAAAUGAACCUAAUCCUUAACUGCUUUAAAUUAACAGCUAUAUGUUUGUAAUACACUACAUCAAAUAAAUUGAUACUUUUUCUUCAAAAUAAAUUUAAAAAUGUAAGGAUAAACAAACACUGUAUAUGAAAUUUUUCAUAGUUUUAAAAUUAUUUAAAAUAGUUUCUUGGAUUAUAAAUAUUUUGUAUGUAAAUUUAAGGCAACUUUUUUGUUGCAUAUAGUUGAAACAAUCCACUAAAAUUCAGUGAGGUCAAGCCAUUGUAUCAUAAUCAUUUACCAGUUGCUAUCUUUGUAAAAAUGUUCAUUGUCUUUGAUAACCUUUUUAGUAAUGCUUGGCAGAUUUUUUUUUGUCAGCCUCCAAUAUCUUUUACAGUUUUGUACUGUUGUUUUGAAUGAUAAUUUAACUUUUGGAUUUUUGGAUUAUAUGCCUGUAUCUGGCACCAAAGCAAAUAGCAGUUUCAGUUGUUUAAUUCUAAAGUUGAGAUUUGUUUGCAUAUCAUCUUCAUAGUAUUGUGUACUUGUAUUUUAUGAGCUUUACAUUUUUUAGGUUUAGUAAUUGAAGAUAGAAUAGAAGUAAAGCUAAUCAUAAUGUAGACUUUGUAUCCAACCCAUGUUUAUUUUUCCUGAUUCUGUCAUAGGGUGUGGGUGUGUCCAUCCCUAAUUGCCCUUAAAAUAAGAUGCUUGUUGGUGUGUUUCAGACAGCAAUUCAGAGUCAACCACGUUACCAGGAGUCACUAAGGCUGGCAGGUAUCCUUCCCCAAUGGACAUUAGUGAGUUGGAUGGAUUUUUAAACCAUUGAUGAUUGUUUCAUAGUAUAUUUACAAUUUCAGGUUUGUUAAUUAAAUUUAAAUUCCAUUGGCUGCUUAGGUGGAAAUGGAAGUCAAUGGCCACUGAGUGUGGGAGCUCUGGAUUACUAGUAUAUCACACCACCACCUAGUCUUGUAUAAAUGAUGCAGUUUUUAACACCUAUGUUAUUAUGUGAUGCAAUUUGACUUAAAAUUGACUGUAUUAAUUGGCAAUUUUUAAACCAAUUCUUAACAUUUAAGUUCUGUGUUGUCUAUUAAAUAUGAAAACAUAUGCUAGAUAACUGACCAAAAUCAAGGCAAAAACCAAAAAGAUGGUUGAUAUGUGUAGGGCCAUUGACAAGGGCUAUUAUUAUAUAAGUGAGUUGGUUUUAGAACAGGAAAAGAGCCUUGUGUAAGGUCUUUGUCUUGAAUUUAACAAGGUAACAAGAUUUGUGUGUGCAAGCCUAGUAGUUGGGGUGUCAAACCUGGAGAGGUGGAUUACAUCAAGCUUCCUCAAAAGAUGUUGGACACCCAGUCAGAUUUAUUCCCUGAUUUGGCAGCAGAAGUGGAAAUUUAGUAAUAGAAAAAGACUGCUUCAAAGAUCUGCAGACAACCUUCUUAUUUCUUCUCCACAAAGCAAGGAGAGAGACAUUUUUUGAAAAGUACCCCACCCUCUCUUUGCCAUGGUUCUGGCAUAUAAGGCUUUGCUAGGUAUAAUGCCAAUGUCAUUAAGUGGUAACUCUUACAGUUUAAUUAAACCUCCAGUAAGCCUGAUUGACAGCUGAAUAAUAUCAAAGUUAAUAUUCCGGCAGCUGGAAACAUCAAGAUUGGUCGGUUUGCGGGGUUUAAGACUGUAAUACCUCCCCCAACAUCCUUGGUGUGUCUGAAGACUUUUGUUUCCAAUCAAGAUGUCAAAAAUGUACUGAACAGUUCAGGCAUUUUCAGUUUUAGUUUUAAGAUUAAUUGUAUUUCUCUUAAUUAUGCUGCUUUUACAUAAUUGAGUCAGAUUUCCCCAUUUGCCAGGCUCUAUUUGUACUCAGUGCUGGAUUUAUCCUAAUAAGCUCCUACUACUCCUUUCUUGAAAGGAUCUUGUAAUUUAGUCAUUUACACUGCUGUAAUGUAUGCAUUUCUAUUUGACCUCAAAAUUCAAACACAUGAAAAAAUAAUAGUAUUGUUCAACAAUUCAUCAACAUCUCUUCAAUAAACUCAUCC